GGAGUCUUCUUGAGUGUGGUUCUGUAAGUCCGAAGCGCCUACUCAUAGCCUACUCUUGUGGCUUUGGAGGGUAAACUUUUCUUCAGUGAGUUCUCUAUAAAUUUCACUCAUUUCGAACUAUUUUGGUCUGUUUUCCUCAUUUUCUGUGGACAGUGGCCAUGGCCACAACUGUUUGGUGGCAAUCACAUCUCCCGGGGAGGGCACUCUAUCCCCGGAUGCAAAGUCCUUGCCGGCCGGCGUGCAGUAUCCGCGCCUUCCGUCGCAGCGAUAUCGACAAUUUCGCUAAGCGCAUGGCCUCCGCGGAGACCUGGAGAGAUGCUUGGCGGAGCGCCAAUGAUGGAUUCGAUCAAUUUCUGUUUGAGGCCAAGAAGACCGCAGAGCGUAUCGACCGCCGGUACUCUGUCUCUCGCAGCCUUGGCUCCAUUGCUCAAUCCGCCGUCGACCGUGCCCGCUCUAUCGAUCGGGAUCUCGAAAUUGGGCUUCGCUGGCGGACUUUUUCCAUGGAUUUUAGUAACAACUGGCCCAGGUACAGGAAGCAGCUAAAUGAUUUCUUGGACACGCCCUUAGGAAGAAGUUUGGCUAUAAUAUUCUUCCUCUGGUUUACUUUAUCUGGAUGGCUAUUUAGAUUAUUGAUAUUUGGUACAUGGGUACUUCCAUUUGCUGCACCUAUUCUCAUUGGGACUGUUGCCAAUAACCUUGUCAUCAAGGUAAAACUGGUUACUCAUUCCUUUACUUACAAUUCAGUUGCUUCUCCAUACUCCUGAGGUGAUUAUGUUGAA